AUGGGUUUCACUGGUUUACAGAAUGGAAAAACAAUAUCAUUGGGAAAGGUUGUAUCUGAUGUGUCUAUGCAGCUUAACAAGCUGGAAAUAUCAUCAUCAUCAGCAGCAUCAUCGGAUUCUUUUGAGUUAGAGCAAGCUGAAUGCGGAUGUUGUGGCUUAAAGGAAGAAUGCACUACAAAUUACAUAACCCAGAUAAAGAAUCGACAUUCGGGAAUCUGGGUUUGCGGGCUUUGCUCGGAAGCAGUGAAGGAGAGACGGAUUAGCAGCGAAAAUGAAGAUGAUGAAGAGGCCAUUAGAGCUCAUAAGAGGUUUUACCAAGAGUUCAAUUGCACUACCAGGGCAAACCCUAAACUCUCUCUAGCGUUUGCGAUGAGAACCAUCGCCAGAAGAAGCUUCGAAGAGAGACUUAAAUCCGACAACCACCUGCAUCAUAAUCUUGGAAAUAAUAAUAAUAAUAAUCAUAUUGUUAUUGCUCGAAGCAGUAGCUGUAUGCCAAGGAUCGAUCUUACUAAACAAUAA